AUGUCGGCCAGCGCCGUGUACGUGCUGGACCUGAAGGGCAAGGUGCUUAUCUGUCGGAAUUACCGAGGAGAUGUGGACAUGUCAGAGGUGGAGCAUUUCAUGCCAAUCCUGAUGGAAAAGGAAGAAGAGGGGAUGCUAUCUCCCAUUUUAGCCCAUGGAGGAGUUCGUUUUAUGUGGAUUAAACACAACAAUUUAUAUUUGGUUGCAACAUCUAAAAAGAAUGCCUGUGUGUCUCUGGUGUUUGCCUUUCUUUACAAGGUAGUACAGGUUUUUUCUGAGUAUUUCAAAGAAUUGGAAGAAGAGAGCAUUCGUGAUAAUUUUGUCAUUAUUUAUGAAUUACUAGAUGAAUUAAUGGAUUUUGGAUACCCUCAAACCACUGACAGCAAAAUUUUGCAAGAAUACAUCACUCAAGAAGGCCACAAACUGGAAACUGGAGCCCCUCGUCCACCAGCCACCGUCACCAAUGCUGUGUCUUGGAGAUCUGAGGGAAUCAAGUAUAGAAAGAAUGAGGUGUUCCUGGAUGUCAUAGAAUCUGUUAACCUCUUAGUCAGUGCCAAUGGGAACGUUCUUCGUAGUGAAAUUGUGGGUUCCAUUAAGAUGAGGGUGUUUCUCUCAGGGAUGCCAGAACUGCGCCUGGGCCUCAAUGACAAAGUUCUCUUUGACAAUACAGGGCGUGAGUAUAUCAAUGGUGGAAAAAGUAAGUCAGUAGAGUUGGAAGAUGUGAAAUUCCACCAGUGUGUGCGCCUCUCCCGCUUUGAGAAUGACAGGACAAUUUCUUUCAUUCCCCCUGAUGGAGAGUUUGAACUAAUGUCUUAUCGCCUCAACACCCAUGUAAAGCCCUUGAUAUGGAUUGAAUCUGUAAUUGAAAAACAUUCCCAUAGCCGCAUCGAGUACAUGAUUAAGGCGAAGAGCCAGUUUAAGCGUCGAUCGACAGCAAACAAUGUGGAGAUCCACAUUCCUGUGCCCAAUGAUGCUGACUCGCCAAAGUUCAAAACCACCGUGGGGAACGUCAAGUGGGUCCCAGAGAACAGUGAGAUUGUAUGGUCUAUUAAAUCAUUCCCGGGAGGGAAAGAAUAUCUUAUGAGAGCUCAUUUUGGUCUGCCCAGUGUUGAAGCUGAGGAUAAAGAAGGAAAACCACCAAUAAGCGUCAAGUUUGAAAUUCCAUAUUUCACCACCUCAGGGAUACAGGUGCGCUACCUGAAGAUCAUCGAGAAGAGUGGUUACCAAGCUUUGCCUUGGGUUCGGUAUAUCACCCAGAAUGGAGAUUAUCAACUCCGAACACAAUGAGUUUUCUCUGCCAGCCCAGAUGACACAAAUCUUCAGGUCUAGAAUUUGUUUGUAGGAAUUUUUUGUGGUACUGAAGAUUGUCAACAACUUGUCUUCAGUAGCAACAUCGGUAAAUUUGAAUGAACUGAGGAGAGAGAAUUAAAUAGAUAUUUAUUGACUUUGACACCCAGCAUUAUAUGCCCUGACCAUGACUUUGUGGAUAUCUUUUCAUCAUUUGUGCGCAUUGUUUCUGCUGUUACCAGCUCUUCAAAUUGAGUCACAUUUUGCCCCAUAUAGGCAGGAACAUAAGGAUAAUCUUAGAAUCCCCCCUUCAUGCCAGCCCAAAUCAAUUUUGGAAGGAGACAAAGCCCCAUUUUAGAUAAAAUGCUCUUUUUAAUGUGAGCUCUGUGGUACCAAAAAGGAUGAUGUUAGAUUUGCCAAAAUAACCGAGGUGAGUCAUUUUCUUAUUGAAAAUAUGGUGGAGGCACCAGUGAAGAGCACCAAGUAGAAAUUUAGGGAAGUUUUAUAUUCUGAAAGUCUGUCCUUUGUGAUCUAGCUUAUGGUGGAGGGCAUCAGGCAAAGCUUUGGAAGUAAGUACAGAAAUAUUCACUCCAAUUCUCUCCACAGCACCUCUGCUUCCAGAACUGCCCAUCAGGGCUGGGGGCCUAAAGUAUAUCUCCCUAACAGGGAGUGGGGCACUGAAUGUUUACAGCACAUGCUGCCUGCUUUGAGGCUGCCAGGUCUCAUUUUCCCAAUACGUUGUUAAAGGAGUGAAAUGACCCACAAUCAGACCACCUUCUCUUCCCCCAUCUCUACCCAAAACAUAGAGCUCUUAAGGAUGAUUUAAAUAUAGAAGAAAUUAUACUUGAGGUUAGCAUUACUUAUUCCACGUAGUGUUGUCAUAGAAGCCAAAUAGGGAAGCUUGUUAAAUUAUCCUUUUUUUAGUUCAGAUGAAUCUUUUGGAUCCUACAGACCCUUUCAGAAUCUAUUGCCCCAUUUGGUCACAGCCAUGCCAAAGGGUUCACAGGCUGUGUGUGCCUUCAGUCCAGGGGCUCCACUGACUCUUGAAUUUAUUGAAACAAGACCAGGGGCCUGGCUCUGUGUCCCCUUCCACACCAUGUGCCAUUCUGUUAGUUUUACAAACCAGAACAGUAUUUUUCUAGCUCUGCUGGGGGGCUGAUGGCUGAUUGCGUGUACUGAAGAUGGGCUGCGUGUUGUGUUUGUCUUAUUAGGGAGCAGGGGCCUGAGAGGGGGAACCUCGGGUUCCUUCUCCCACCCCUUCUGCUGUCAUCUGUCCGUGUAAAUCUGAUGUCAUGGUGUUCUAGAGGAGCCUUUGGCCCAGGUGUUUCUGAGGAUGCCCCUGGAGACCAUGAGAAUAGAGUGUGUUCUGUAAAUGAAAGUGCUGUAUGUCUUAUUCAUGCCGAUUAUCAGUUAUGUUAUCACCACCUGACUGUAGAACCUAUUGGUCAAUAUUGCAUUAAAUGCAGAUUUCAAAUCUA